AUGAAAUAACAAAUAGAUCUAAAGUUAUUAUAACAAUAAAGAGAAGAGCGAUUUUAGAAAAGUUUGUUUGGUGCACCUCAAAUUGAUUAAUAAAUAGAGGAUAAACCAGCUAAUUCAAAAGUGCCUUUAUUAUCAAAUGAAAACUUUGUUUAAAUUUAUGUGAAAUGCACAAUUACUCCAGAAGUAUUUAGAAUAUUAAUAUACUUAGUUUGUCGCUCAAAAAGAAUUAAGAGAUGAUACUAUAGAUAAUGAGAUCGAUAUUGUGUUUGAUGAUGUGAUAGGUAAAUGUUAUAUUAUAGAAAUAUAGAAAAUGAGGAAUUGGGAAUGAAAAAAGAAUAUAAUGUAUUUGUAGAGAGAUAACUUGUUUAAUAGAUUAAACUAUUGAAAUAGAAUUACAUAGAGAAACAAGAUUUAAUUAAAGUAUUUGUGAGAUAUAAAUUAAGAUGCCUGUAUGUGGAUCUAAUGGUAUAAGACUGCCUGAAGAAUAAGAUUUAUUAUUAUAUUUUGAAUUCUUUAAGAUUAGAGAAAAACCAACUGAAUGUUAAUUGUUGCUUUAGUAAUAAGAUCUUAAAAAUUAAUAUGGUCUUUUGAUUUGUGGAUGUCUAUUUAAUGAUGAAAUUGCAUAAGAUUUGGCAUUCAAAUUAUUAACUAAGAAACCUACAUUAGAAAUUAUCAUGAAAUUAUUAUUAGUAACUGUCCAUUAUGAAUCUAAAUACUAAAUGUAUAUGUACAAGUACUGAUAUUUUGUUGUUCUAUUCAUAGAUUAGUAAAAUAAAUAUUAUACUAUUACAAUGGAAUCUUAAAGGAAAUAACCGAUCCAUUAUUAACAGAUGUUGUUUAAAACCUAAAAUAAUUAUCAAUUGAAAGGCCUAACAUUAUUCGUGUUAAUCAUAAGAACUUUUCAUUUAAAAUUAAUACAACGUUCCUGUAUCCAUUGUAUAAACAAUAUGAGAAGGAUAGGGCUUAAGUUUUUAAACCUAUUCAUGAAUACACUCAAUUUCAAGUAUUACGAAAUGCUGACAUACCUGAUUAAACAGAAGAAUCAGAAUAUCCACACAUCUAUAUCAUUAAAAAAUAGAGUGAUUAAUAAUAAUAUUUAUAUGGAAUAUAAUUAGAAGCACAUGCAGAAAUUCAUAUAUUUGAUAACAAAUGUGAAAAAUAUCAAAAAUAUAAUGAUUCAUAUUUAGGAUGUGUAGAAAGAAAUAUUUGGGGAACAUCUAUGGUUGUUUAUGAUGAUGGAUAUCCAGAAUCUCUUUAAUUAUAAUUUCCAGAAUGGAUUGGAUAAAAGAGAAGGAGAUUAAUGAAAAUUGAAUAUGAAACAAAUAUUAUGGCAAAUGAACCUAGAUAUUUUGAUACUGUUUUUCUUAAUCUAGAUACAAAAGAAUGGGAAGGUAUUUUAUUUUAUUUAAUUAAUUAUUAGAAUUAGUUACAUUAAGACCACAUUAUAAUUAGGAAAAGGAUUGUUAUUAACUAAAUUUUUUUGGGUAAUUUUAUAAAUAAUAAAAUAUUAGACGAGCAAAGAUUGCAUCAGCUCGUAACUUUUAAUUAAUAAAAGCAGGAGAUGAUAAAACGAUAUAAUUAUUGCAUGGAAAGAUGGAGUCAAAUAGUUUUAAUUUAGAUUUUAGACCACCUCUCAGUAUAAUAUAAGCUUUUGCUAUAUCAAUGGUAUCUAUAAGUUCUAAAGCACUUGUGUCAUGAAUAUUAAAAGAAAUAUAAUAAAUUCCGCA